AUGCCCAUCAAGACGAAGGGUAAAAUAUACAAGUCCGUAGUCAGACCAGCCAUGCUGUAUGACACCGAAUGCUGGACCACCAAUAAGGUACACGAAAACCGAUUGCAUGUAAAUGAAAUGAAAAUGCUGAGGUGGGCCGGUGGUGUCACGCGGCUGGAUAAGGUCCGGAACGACUACAUACGGGGCACAUUUAAGACCGCUUCUAUUACCGACAAGCUGAAGGAGGGCAGAUUGCGAUGGUUUGGCCACGUCAUGCGACGAGAAGACACCCACACCGUCCGCAAGGUGCUCGAUACCCCCAAUCCAUCCAGAGGAAGAGGAAGACCGCCCGCCUCGUGGUGGUCCAAUGUCCAGAGAGACCUCAAGCAACUGUCACCAACCACGACAACCCGGGACAGAGCGUCCUGGCGCCGAGCCAUAAGGAGGCCCGACCCCAACUAG